CCUAAACCAUGCGAAGCGGGUUGUUUAUCUGCGCCUUGGCUCUGCUCUCGUGCGCCAGCGCCACGUCCCAUCGAGCGCUCCGAAGCGAGGCUCAGAAUCAGGUCUCUGUCUACGGCCAGUGCGGCGGCCAAGGCUUCUCUGGGGAUACGACCUGCACCACCGGCAACACGUGCGUCUACAUCUUCUCGUCCUACUCGCAGUGCCAGCCCACGCCGCCGACGAGCACCGAGUUUGCAACGUAUGCCCAGUGCGGCGGAAGAGACUUCAAGACCAACGGCAAGACGUGUCGCCCGGGCGAUAUGUGCUACCAACUGACGGCGACGCUUUCACGCUGCUACCCCAAGCAAUCCGACUAAACCCACUCCAGAGCUCCAGAGUCGUAGAAGAAACCAGAAGACUCCUCUGACACAUCCGUGUAGUAGUACCAACUAGAGACUGUUCUCGAGUUUAAUGAAGUCCAUGUUCAGCAUCGCGAUCAA